AUUCAUUUCAUUACAUUACAUUUUCUUUCUCUGUAAAUAAUGAAUGUAAUUAUUGCACCUUGCCCAAAAAAGCCGUCUUCUACAAAAAGAAAAGAUUAUGAAACAUUAUUGAAAGAAAAUAUCGAUUUUGAAGACAUAAAUGAAGCUUAUCAAGAAUUACAACAAAUUUUGGAAUAUCAGCAAACAAAGGCUAACAACUAUGAUAAUUUCAUCAUCACACGUACAGAGAAUCCUCUCAUUCAAGAUUCAAGCUUUAUUCCUUCAAUCCAAACUUUUUCGCAGCCAAAUGUAAUGAAGCGUAUUAGAUCUUAUAGUGUUGAUGAUUCUCAUGCUGUAUUAUAUGAGGUACAGACUAAGUUGAACAUUCGCACUAUUCGAAAUGCUUAUCUGUCAAUAGAAUUAGUUCUACCUCAUAAUAGUAAUAAGCUGAUGUCACUUUCCUCAUAUAAAAAUAUAAAUAAUGAUAAGAGUUCUUUGUUACCAAGAAGUAUUAUUAGUGUAAAAGGAUGUACAAUGUUUAUUUAAUUGAAUUGACUAUAUCUGUCCUUAUGAUACUUUAUACGUAUAUAAUUUAUAUAAAAGUUUUUUUUUUUUUGGUAAAAAUUAAAUAAAUAAAUGACUAUAGAUAUGCUUAUAAUAAUAAAAGUGAGAGAAAGGGGAAGUUGAGGGGAGGGGAGGGGAGGGGAAAGAGAGAGUGAAAGUGAGAGUGAGAGUGAUAUGCAUGUAAAAU